AUGGCGCCAGCCCUCGACGUGUACGACCACUCCUCCGCCGAAAACCGCUCCGUCGGCGCGUUGGGAGUGACGACUUCGGGCAAGAAGCUGAAGAUCCGCUCGUAUCCGAAAUUUUCGUCGCUCGAGGAGGAGCGAUUGUACCGCAAGCAGCAUCUCGCUGCCGCGUUCAGAGUUUUCGCCGACAGAGGCUUCGAUGAGGGUGUUGCGGGCCACAUCUCAGUAAGGGACCCGAUUUUGAGGGACCAUUUCUGGUUGAACCCCCUCUCUCAGCAUUUUUCCCAAAUCUGCGUCUCCGACCUCAUCCUUGUGAAUGAAGAUGGCGAGGUCGUGAUCGGCGACGAACCCAUCAAUGCCGCUGCAUUCGCCAUUCACUCUGAAAUCCACAAGGCUCGCCCGGACGUUGAUGCGGCAUGCCACGCUCACAGCGUUUACGGAAAGGCCUUCUCGGUUUUCGGGAGGGAGCUGGACAUGAUGACCCAGGAUUCACUGAGGUUCUACAAAAGCCAUGCCGUCUACGAUAACUUUGGGGGCGUAGUGUUGGACCGGGAAGAAGGAAAGAGGAUUGCCAAAGCGCUUGGGAACGGGAAGGCGGUUAUUCUUCAAAAUCACGGUUUGUUGACUUGCGCGAAGACGGUCGAUGCUGCGGCGUUCUGGUUCAUCAGCCUUGACAAGACCUGCCACGCCCAGUUGCUCGUGGACGCAGCGAGUGCCGGCAGUGGACAUAAGAAGAUCCUCAUCUCAGAAGAAGAGGCCGAGUUUUCCUAUCCCCAGGUCGGCACGGAUGAGAAGGGUUGGCUCGCUUUCCAGGGCUACUAUGAUGAGCAGCUGGCCAAGACGAACGGCAAUUUCUUGAAAUGA